AUGGCGGCGGUCAAGAAGAACGUUGACGCCGAUGGCGACAGCGACAUGAUCAUCAAGCCAGAUGCCACUGAGCACAAGGUGGACACCAGCGAAUGGCCUCUUCUUCUGAAGAACUGGGAUCAACUCCUCGUGCGAACGGGUCACUUCACACCAAUUCCGGCGGGUUGCGCGCCCCUACGCCGCGACAUCAAAUCAUACAUCUCCUCUGGAGUCAUUAACCUCGAUAAACCCUCAAAUCCCUCCUCGCACGAAGUUGUGGCAUGGAUGAAACGAAUCCUUCGCGUCGACCGUACUGGUCACUCUGGUACCCUUGAUCCCAAGGUCACUGGGUGUUUGAUCGUCUGUAUCGAUCGCGCCACCAGACUUGUGAAGAGCCAGCAAGGAGCAGGAAAGGAAUAUGUCUGCGUAUUGCGAAUGCACCAGAAGCUGCCCGGCGGCGAGGCCCAAUUGGCUCGCGCACUCGAAACAUUGACUGGCGCGCUUUUCCAACGACCACCGCUCAUCUCCGCCGUGAAGCGACAAUUGCGAGUACGCACGAUCUACGAAAGCAAACUCAUCGAAUUUGACAACGAUCGUCAGCUCGCGGUGUUUUGGGUAUCUUGCGAAGCUGGUACUUACAUCCGAACGCUUUGUGUCCAUCUCGGUCUUUUGCUCGGUGUGGGAGGACACAUGCAGGAGCUGCGCCGUGUGCGAUCUGGAGCAAUGGACGAGAAGGAAGGCAUGGUCACGCUUCACGACGUUUUGGAUGCUCAAUGGCUGCACGACAACCAGCGCGAUGAGUCGUACCUCCGUACGGUCAUCAAGCCGCUCGAGACAUUGUUGGUCUCAUACAAGCGCAUCGUCGUAAAGGACAGUGCUGUUAACGCCGUGUGCUAUGGUGCGAAGCUCAUGAUUCCCGGUCUACUCCGAUACGAAGCUGGUAUUGAAGUUCACGAAGAGGUUGUUCUCAUCACCACCAAGGGCGAGGCCAUCGCCCUCGCCAUUGCCCAGAUGAGCACCGUGGAGCUCUCGUCAUGCGAUCACGGAGUUGUCGCCAAAGUCAAGCGAUGUAUCAUGGAGCGUGAUCUGUACCCGCGUAGAUGGGGUAUGGGACCCAUCGCGACCGAGAAGAAGAAGCUCAAGGAGAGCGGUAAGCUGGACAAGUAUGGUCGCACGAACGAAGCAACGCCUGCUCAGUGGAAGCAGGAGUACAAGGACUUCAACGAUCCGGAGGGAGCCAAUGGCGCUGUUUCCGAGUCGAGACCCGCCGUUGAGCAGCAUGCUAUCGAGGCUGCCCCUAGCAAGGUGGAAGCCGAAGAGCCUAACGGGGUUGAGGAUGCCGACAAGAAAAAGAAGCGGAAGCAUGAAGGUGAAACCGCCGAGGAGCGUGCCGAGCGAAAGAAGAAGAAGAAGGAAAAGAAGGAGAAGAAGAAGGCGAGAGAGUCUGCUGUGACUGCUGCCGACAGUGAUGACAGCGACUGA